GUAUGUGUCCCUGCAUCUUGUAUUGUCUCCGCCAACAGAAACGUUCCGUUCUCGCUACACCGUCUGCUUCAACACAACACGCGCGUGCGGCUGUGCUAUUCACUGCGAACGACAUGGAACCAAAUGGGCUUACAAACGAAGUCGUCUGAACUGCUUGUGAAUGAAUACAAUGUCCAAUUUUAAGGACACGAACUCUAUCCCAGAUGGGUACAGGGCUCUAAACACCAGUGAAUUGCAGGAGCUUUUACAAGAUGAAGAAAAAAUGGACCAGAUCGUCCGACUCAAUGAGAAGUUUCAGGAGCUGCAGGUGGACAGAGAGAUUCUGCUGACCUCCAACCGGAGCUUGGCCGAGGAGAGCCUCGCCAGGCGACCCCGCCUCAACAACGGCAAACUCCAGCUGGCUGAGAAAUAUAGGGAUCUGACCAAUCUGGCAACCGCCUGCUGGGAAAAACAGAGUCGGCUCGAGGCCGACAUACAGAAGCACAACCUCCAGACAGCACAGAAUCUUCUCCAGGAAGAUGUGGCGCGUGCUGAGGAACAGUCCGAGGACCUCCUGGAGAAGUUCAUGGAGGGGAACGUGCCCCUGGAGGGGUUUCUGGACUCCUUCCAAAGCUCCAGGAAGAGCUACCACAUCCGCCGUGCUCAGGCCGAGAAAAUCCAGGAGCUCAACCGAGCCAAACGGAAUUCCAGCAAACCCAAAAAGCCAGAGGAGCGAGAGGACAAGAUGCGGGAUGAGAAGCCGGAACCCCAGCGGACCAACGGCUUCAUGGCCCAGGGCCCGCCCCGGGUCUUCCAGCUCCGCUACGGCCUCACCCCCGCCAUCCUGCUUCCCCACUUCCCCCUGCCAUCCUCCUCCACCACCUCGCCAUCUGCCCUGACCCACACCAGUCUACCUCCGCUGGACUCCCAGCCGGGCCAGACCCAAAUCCUGAGCCCCAGUGCCCCGCUCUCUGGACAUGGGCAUCCUGUGAACCUACGGGUCAUUGGACAGUUACCCGGAGGCUGGUCAACCAGACCGAUGCGGUUACAGCAGCUCUAUAGGCCCGCCACUCACCAGCCUGAGCCUCCAUACCGAUAACUGAGGCAUGGGCCCUAGAGGUCUCUAGACAUGGAACCAAACAGUGGCUACCAGACUCAUGCACGCAAAGAUGGCUUUUGAAGCUUUUGUGGAAUUGAUCUGAAACAUAUGUUCGCCAUCCAUGACACAAAACGUAAACAUACCUAAAAUGGGAUAUAACCAGAAGCCAUAAAGCACGGAAUAAGAGUAGUUGAAAGCAAGGGAGUAAAUGAAACAGGGCAUGGUUUUCAUUUUUAUUUGAAUGUUACACUUCCAGGGCGUCACAGGGUUGUAAAGCACAGCUAUGAUAAGGAAAUGUCACAAAUGGACUAGUGUCUCCAGCUUGUCAUAAAGGACCCCAUUGUCCAUCCAUCCGACUGAGAAUUGCAAGGCUUCUAUGAAAUGGCCUGGUGUCGUUUUGCUGAUGAUCAAUAAAGUCCAAAUCAUGGUUUUUAUUAUUAA